AUGGCACCACCACCGCAUCUUCUAUGGGUCACGUCCCGGCCAACAAAGCUGUCACCCGAGGACUGGAUCGAAUGGUACAACCAAGACCACCUGGGAGCUUUGAUCGACACCAAAAGCGUAACGAAUGGUGCACUAUUCCAGGAAGUGCCACUAGACCCGAAUGCAAAACACGACAAGCCGUUCUUGGCCCUUUACCAGACGGAAUUUGCGGAUGCAACGCGGUCGGAUGAGUUCUUGAACACCAAGCAGCCGGACAGUAAGGUGCUCGAGAGACUCGACUUGUCGCAGAAUGCUCUUGAACAUGGGGAGUUUGAUGCAAGGAACUAUGAGCUGAUUCAGGAUUAUGAUCCGAAUGGUGUUGGGAACAUCCUGGUCCCUGUCGUCCUCACAGUCGAGAUGUCCACUACCGACCCCGCCGGCUUUGACGACUGGUACCGUAAAGAACACCUGCCUAUGCUCUCCAAGGCGCCCACCUGGAAGCGCACCUUGCGCUACAAAGCCGGCCCCAAAGCCGAGCUCGCCUCCUCCGAGCAACCCCCCUAUCUGGCAAUGUACUUUUUCGAGGAUCUGGCAAAGGCUUCCGCGAGUCCCGAGGCAGCGGCGGCGAAUGAAACGGAGUUGACGAAGAAGUAUUUGGCAGAGUGUAAGCCACCGGCUGUGGCGAGGGCGUGGAGAUUGAUUGGAAAGGAACGAUGGUAG